AUGGAUCUUUUCGAACUGGACUUUUUCCGUGACUGGGACUUAGAUCAGCCGUGUCAUGUGGAGACAGAGCGCAGCGCCCUCAAGAGGAGAGAGUGGGAACGGCGCACACAGGAAGUACAGCAGGACGAAGACCUAUUCUCCACUGGCUUCAACCUGUUCGGAGAGCCUUAUAAAACGAGUAAAGGUGACGCCUUGGCGAACCGCGUUCAGAACACUUUGGGCUCCUACGAAGAGAUGAAGGACCUGCUCACCAACCAAUCAAACCAGACACAUCUAGUGGGCGUGCCCAAAGGAGGUGGGCCCAACAGCCUACAGACUCCUCCCACUAGCCUACAGACUCCUCCCACCUCCCUGCUGAGUCCUCCCACCACAGAGAGACCAGUGGAGCGACCCGUGACAGAGCAAGACACGCCCACAGACAAAAGACUAAACAUCCAACCUCUAAUCACUGCUAACCCUAUGGCUGCAUCUAAAAAGUCCAAGGGCAAUGCAGGGGUCACACAGGGGCCAGGAGACGAUCAUGCUGGGGUCACACAGGGGUCAGGAGGGGGUCAAGGCAGCAGAGGAGAGAAGGGUGAAGGAGGAGAGGAGCAAUCAAAGCAGGGCGAACUGUGUGGACCAAUCAGAGAAGAGCAGAGAGGAGACAGUAGCCCCGCCUCUUCUGCAUCGUCUGUGUCGUCUGGAUCAUUGACAGGGAGGAGGCAUGCCAAGACACUUCCUCUCACAGAUGGAGGUGUGUUUCGCUCUUCCACAUUGGACAGUGGCCAUUUUAAGUCUUCCUCAGAAAAUGUUGCACUUUUGAACAAAACAUCUCCGUUUGAACACGACUCGCCGCUUGCCUCCACGUCCCUCCUGACCACGCCCACUGCUGGAUUGACCACACCCACUACUGGUCUGACCACACCCACCUUUCCUCCUGGUCAAAGCCUGUCUGGGAAGCCCAUGUCUCUGCAGCAGAAGCCCACAGCAUACGUGAGACCCAUGGAUGGACAGGAUCACCCCCCCAAUGCCUCACCCCAGCUCAAGUCCCUGGUGGUCUCAGAGGGGUACAGCAGUGGGCAGGGCUUUGGGGGAAGUAACCAGAACAUGAAGAACAAACUGCCCAAACUGACUUUGGCACACACAGCUGAGGUUGGUCUGCAGAAUGACCCUAGCUGUGUGGAGGAGAUUCUGCGGGAGAUGACUCACUCCUGGCCUCCUCCUCUCACAGCCAUACACACUCCAGUCAAAGCAGAGCACACCAAGUUCCCCAUUCCCAACAAGGAGCCUCAGCAUGGAUCCACGACCGGAUACAGCACCCAGAAGAGAUGCAGCAUCACAGCAAACAAGCCCUCAACCAAAACUACUGCUCCUCAAAAAUCGAUGCUGGAGGAUGACCUGAAGAUCAGCAGUGAUGAAGAGGAGAGUGAACAACAGGUGUCAGAGAAGCCUAAAGUCAGAAACUCUGCAUUAAGCGGAGGAUCUGGGAGCAGCAGCGAGUCAGAGAGCAGCUCAGAGUCUGAAACCGACGAAUCAGAAUCCAGCUCCAGCGACACAGCCACACCUGAGCCCGAACCUCCAUCCUCAAACAAGUGGCAGUUAGACAGUUGGUUAAACAAAGUCCAGGCUCAGCCCCGAGCUGCAGCACCCCCACAGGACACUCAUGGUACAGGCUCCCUCCCCCAGGCCUCUGAGCCAUUCUCCCCAGACUCCGAGGCACCGAUCUUGGAUACUCCAGGGAAGAUCAGUGUGUCCAAUGCGGAGCACAAGGAGGGGAGGGACACAUCCAGUGCAGUGCGAGAGAAAUGCAGAUCCAAACUUGGGCAGAAGGGGGCAGCGGAAGCUCAGAGAUCAAAGGUCAGACUGUCUCCAGGGGUCAUGUCAGGGUCAGAGGUCAUGACCCAAAGGAGAGCCACUACAGGAAGGAAACAGCCGCGCCGGAUCAUUGGAGAGGAGAAGGGGAGUAAUGCAGAGGAGAGACAGGAGCAGAGCUGGAACAGGGCACAGCACAGUCCAGUGUCCAGGGACAAGGACCCAUCCUCUACCCGCCCUCCAGAGCUCCUCUCCACCCUAAAGUCCCGGAGCAGACCCCCUGGAGGGAAGACAGCACCCAGGAAAGAGCCAAGAACCACUGCUAAUGCUAACAACGCUAACUCCACUAACUCAGCUAACGCAGCUAAUACUACAACCCAGCCUGCCCCUAUCACACCUAUCUCCAGCUCUAGCCAGGAGAGGAGGAAGCACAGGGGGCCCAGCUCCAAAACCACCCCCAAGUCCAGAGAGUUCAUCGAGACCUCCUCCUCCUCCUCCUCUGAGAGUCCAUCUGAUCCUGAAGAAAACUGUGCCAAAACAUCUCACCAAAGUCUACUGUCUGCGCCUCCUUUGGCCUCUCGUGCACUCCCCUCUCACGUGCAUGGCCCCUGUCUAAGCUCCGCCCCCAGCGUCUCUUCUUUUGGUGGAAAAGGACUCCGAGUCAAAGAGAGCAGCGGCAUUGCUAGCAUUAGCAUUAACUCCAGUGCAAAUGGAAAUGCCAGCAGCCACUGUCAGCUUAGCGUCGUAAACAUCAGCGGCCAUUUUGGGAUUUCUGUGCCUGAUCCAGGAGGGUUAACAAACAAAAACCAAGAGCAGUUUUCCCCGGAUUUGAUUGUAAACGAAAUUCCAUUGUCUCCACUGAGGGACUGUCAGGAAAUCCAAAGUUUGUGGGUGAAAAUCGACUUGAGUUUAUUGAACAGGAUUCCAGGAGCAGAGAGAGGACAAAAUGGAGGAUUUGGAGAAAGAGUGAGACAUGAUGAAUGGGGAGAGAACCCCAAACACAACCGGACCAAAGCCAAUGGGACAAACCAGAGACACAAGAGCAAGCGGAAACACAAGUCAGAUCACUCCGAGUCAAACAGCAGCAAGAAACUGAGACUGGAGAAAGAAACUCUACUGCCCCCAUGUAUCUCACCUAUCCACAAGAAUGAGAGGAAACAGAGUCGACAGCGUGACGACAAACUUCUUCCUCCGCUCCUGUCUCCUCUGUCGGACGAGCCCCCGAGAAGACCUGGUCCUGUCCUGGGUCCUGGUCCUGUCUCUGGUUCAGGUCUGGUUCCAGAGGGAUCUUCUUUAGUCCUGUCCUCCAGCUCACAUCGGCAUCGGAGAGGAGAGAGCAAGAACCACAGGACUACAGCGGAGUCUGACCCUCACAGUGAGAAGUCUAGUGGAGACAGUUAUAAUCUUGGAUCUAGUUAUAAUCCCGGAUCUGGGUCGGACUCUGAGGUCUGGACCGAGACUUUGGACCAAACCAAACUGAGCCGACCCCGAAUCUCCUUCAGUGACACACUUCACAGCGCAGACUUCCACAUGCAGGAGGCCAAGAGGCUCAAGCACAAAGCCGACAAACUGAUGGAUAAGUUUGGUAAAGCAAUGAAUUACGCAGACGGUGCUCUCUCGUUUAUUGAGUGUGGAAACGCCAUGGAACGAGACCCCCUAGAGGCCAAGUCCCCGUACACCAUGUACUCCGAGACCGUUGAGCUGCUCAGAUACGCCCUGAGGUUAAAGAACUUCAGCGCUCACUCGUCUUCAACCAACGAGAAGAAACUGGCUGUGCUCUGUAACCGCUGCCUGUCACUGCUGUACCUCAGAAUGUUUCAGCUGAAGAAGGACCAUGCUGUCAAAUACUCUCGAUCGCUCAUGGAAUACUUCAAGAAUUCAGCCAAAGGUUCUCAGCAGUCUCCUUGGAGGACCAACGGAAAAGUGAACGGAGCGCCCUCCCCCCUCGCCCUCAGCCCCUCCCCCACAGGAAAUGGGGCUGGCCCAGGUUCAGGGGGCGGAGUCAGUGUAACAGGAACAGGAAGUGUGUCCAUUCCUCAGAGGAUCCACCAGAUGGCGUCAAGUCACGUGACCAUCACCAACAAUAUCCUGCGCAGUUACGAGCACUGGGAGACCGCCGAUCGGCUCACCGUAGAGUGUACAGAGUUCUUUGUCGAGCUGGACUCUUUGAUGGAGCCUCUGACACAGCAGAGCAGCAUGAGCGUCCUGGUCCGGUACGUCCGACAGGGACUCACCUGGCUACGGCUCGACGCUAACCUCACUUGA